CAGUUUACCUAUGGACCUUUCAAUUCUAUCUUAAGUGAUGAUGAACAAUAUCCAUAUCUCUAUCAGAUGGCCCCAAAGGACACAUCUCUAGCAUUGGCAAUGGUCUCCUUCAUACUUUACUUCAAAUGGAACUGGAUUGGCCUUGUAAUCCCAGAUGACGAUCAAGGAAACCAAUUUCUUUUAGAGUUGAGGAAAGAGAGUGAAAACAAAGAAAUUUGCUUUGCCUUUGUGAAAAUGAUCUCUGUUAAUGAAGUUUCAUUUAAACAUAAAAAUGAAAUGUACUACAGCCAAAUUGUGAUGUCAUUAACAAAUGUUAUUAUCAUUUAUGGAGAAACAUACAAUUUCAUUAAAUUGAUGUUCAGAAUGUGGGACACUCCCAUUUUACAGAGAAUAUGGAUCACCACAAUACAAUGGAAUUUCCCUACCAGUAAGGCAGACAUAAGUCAUGGCACAUUCUAUGGUUCACUUACUUUUCUACCNCACCAUGGUGAGAUUUCUGGCUUUAAAAAUUUUGUACAGAAAUGGUUCCAUCUCAGAAACACAGACUUAUAUCUAGUAAUGCCAGAGAGGAAAUAUUUUAACUAUGAAGACUCAGCAUCUAACUGUAAAAUACUGAAGAACAAUUCAUCUGAUGCCUCAUUUGAUUGGCUAAUGGAAGAGAAGUUUGACAUGACCUUUAGUGAGAGUAGUCAUAACAUAUACAAUGCUGUGCAUGCCAUAGCCCAUGCCCUCCACGAGAUGAAUCUGCAACAGGCUGAUAAUCAGGCAAUAUACAAUGGAAAAGGAGCCAGUUCUCACUGCUUGAAGGUAAACUCCUUUCUAAGAAGGGCCUACUUUACUAAUCCUCUUGGAGACAAAGUAUUUAUGAAGGAAAGAGUAAUAAUGCAGGAUGAAUAUGACAUUAUUUACUUUGGGAAUCUCUCACAACACCUUGGGAUGAAGAUGAAGUUAGGAAAGUUCAGCCCAUAUUUACCAAAUGGUCAACACUUUCACUUUUAUGUAGACAUGAUUGAGUUGGCCACAGGAAGAAGAAAGAUGCCAUCCUCUGUGUGCAGUGCAGAUUGUAGUCCUGGAUUUAGAAGAUUAUGGAAGGAGGGUAUGGCAGUCUGCUGUUUUGUUUGCAGCCCCUGCCCUGAAAAUGAAAUUUCUAAUGAGACAAAUAUGGAUCAAUGUGUGAAUUGUCCAGAAUACCAAUAUGCCAACACAGAACAGAACAAAUGUAUUCAGAAAGGUGUGACCUUUUUAAGCUAUGAAGACCCCUUGGGGAUGGCACUUGCCUUGAUGGCCUUCUGUUUCUCUGCAUUCACAGCUGUGGUACUUUGUGUCUUUGUGAAGCACCAUGACACUCCUAUUGUGAAGGCCAAUAACAGAAGCCUCAGCUACAUGCUAGUGUUCUGCAGUGUCUGGGUCACCUUCCUCCCUGUCUACCAUAGCACCAAGGGCAAGGUCAUGGUUGCUGUGGAGAUCUUCUCCAUCUUGGCAUCCAGUGCAGGGAUGCUUGGAUGUAUUUUUGUACCCAAGAUUUAUAUCAUGUUAAUGCGACCGGAGAGAAAUUGUACCCAAAAGAUCAGGGAAAAAUCAUAUUUCUGA